UUUUUUUUUUAGAUCUUUAGGAAGGUGUAUAUCACAUAAUUAUUAUCAUUCAUAUGCGAUAUCUAACUACUAUUAUACCGCCGUUUUACAAAGGAGGUAGGAGGGGCCAUACAAAUGAGGCAAAGACAAGAUUCAACAUUUAAUUAAGAUCGAUUUGCUGAAUUUUCUCACAAGACAAUAAAUAAAUAGAUAAAUAAAUAAUAGAAUAACAAUUUCCAUAGCGUUGGGUAAAUCACGUGUUGCAAAUUGAAUAUAUGGGAAGGGGUCAGUGACAAUUAGUUACAUAUGAUUGACAGCUCGAUGAUGUAUACAAAAUAUCGUUUCGUCAUUGCACACUCGGGAGACUCUGCCUCCUCAUGUGUAAUAACUCAACGAUAUUUUGUAUACAUCAGAUGUCUCGUGUCAUCAUGUACUGAACUAUUACCUAAUUUCAGUGUCCUUACAUGAUGAAAUACCAAAAAUAAACAAAGGACUUGCUUACUUAUUUCUAAGGAUAUUGAAAUAUGAAAUUCUACGGGUAAAUUUAAAAAAAAAAAAAAAAAAAUGCACAUGACAUCACUGAUAUGAUGUCCGGUUUUUUGUUUUUGUUGUUUUUUUUUUACAGACAAGCUUGUGAAUAUAUUGUAUAUUGAUGCACUAUCUAAAUCAGAUAUUGUUAUAUAUUACUGAAAUUUUCAAAUGUGUGCACAUGUUAUAGGCCCCCUACAUUAACUCUGUCGUUUACAAAAAAAACCCCACAAUGAUAUUGUACACAUUUCUACUACACUCGUUAUUUAUUCAGAUCAUGGUGGUUAGAAUUACAGUAUCUCAAUGUUGUGAUCAAUACGAAUUAUACAUAGCAUGACCUACCCUGCUUUUGUUUUUGCGACCGAAAGCUUCCACACGUGUUUCAUGUAAACAAAUUAUCAAUCAGACAAAUGUCGCGUUUCGGUAAACUGGUUUUAUCAACGACGUGCACUGGUUUUGGAAUUCUUAUAGGGACGUAUUGUGAACGUAAUGGACAUUUCUAUUAUCGUUCAAACGAAAAACUUGGAGAAAGUUCGACGGUGAAUAGAAUGUUCAAGGACGAUUGUGUAACCAUGUCGCUUCUCUCAGAAACGUUAAGAUCCUACCUUCCAGUUUCCACGGUGUAUGCUUCUAGUCGUAUUAAACCACAGUCUCCAAAUCGUUUACAGGAGAUACUUACCUUUGGUGUGCCUCAGUUUGAUCCUUUGCGUCCUUUCGAAAACCAUGUAGUCCUGUUUGACAGGCGAAAUAGAGUUCCACACUGGGUGUUCGAACACAUUACAAAAGAGCACGUUGAUAAGAAUGACAAUAUCAAUAGAAACGCGUGCGACUUUACAGAAGAUCUCUCCGUCCAUCCAUUUUUCCGUUCUACCAAUGCAGAUUACAAGAAAAGUGGGUAUGAUAGAGGACAUAUGGCAGCCGCGAGCAACCACAGGCAUUCACAGAAAGCCAUGAAUGACACAUUUUGUCUCAGUAACAUUGCACCGCAGGUCGGCAAGGGCUUUAAUCAGGGUGUAUGGAACGAUCUCGAAAAAUACACAAGAGCAUUGGCAAGGAAAUACAAAAAUGUGUAUGUGUGUACUGGGCCCUUGUAUUUACCCAGUAAAGAAGCAGAUGGUAAACUAUAUGUGAAGUACGAAGUGAUUGGCAAAAACCACGUGUCUGUUCCAACUCACUUUUUCAAAGUUAUCGUCAUGGAGAAUGAUAAAGGGGAAUUUGAAAUGAAUUCGUUUAAUAUACCCAACCAGAAGUUCCCAGAGAACACUCCGCUGAAGAACUUCCUGGCUCCGAUAGAAGCAAUAGAAAGAGCAGCUGGUUUUAUUUUAUUUGAGGGAGUACCUAAGAGUAGACUGAAGACAAUAAAUGGAAAGAAGGUUUAAAGACGAAAGCAGAAGGGAAAUGGAUCAAUUAUGAUUUUAUUACAACUGACUCAUAAGUUGACCUGUAUAAGAACUGCAACAUAUUUGAAAAUAUUUAAUGAAUGGAAUAAACAUUGAAACGCGAAAUGUACUUUAAGGAGGUAUACUACAUCGUCAUAAUGGCCGACUUCCUUUUAAAACAUGAAAGAAAAUAUAAAUAAAAGCGAUAUUUGUCUAUUCAUUUUAGAUCUAAAUGCCUAGCUAAGUAGCUCAAUAGGUAAGCGUGUCGAUUGCAAAUCUGUAGAUCGCGAGAGUCCAGCAGGAUUUUUCAAUUUUGUUCCAAAUUAAUCACGACUAAAACUGCAUUUUUUGACUAUAUAAAGUAAAUUUGAAAGUUUUCAAUUUCAAAAUAGUGUUGUACAUAUCAUCCACUUUUCACCGAUAUCAACUAUCUCUGGUGUAGUAUUCCUCCUUAAAAUACAUCAGACUUUAAGCACACUGGAAGUCUUGGAUUUCAGUCAUAAUUAAAAUAAGGUGUAUGUUAUAGCUAGAAACAUCACUGUAUUGAAGAUAGAAAUGUAAUGAAAUACAAAAAUGUGUUGUAUUCAUUCAUGAAUUAAAUAAAGUAGUUCAAAAAUACAAAA